GUACUUGGACUGGAUUCAUCGGCCUUAUAACUUCAGGGAAAACCAUCUUCAGCAUUGCAACCCUUUCCAUCAGCAACAGAAGGAUGCAAGCAGUCGACUUCAGCUCCCCCUACCUUUUCGGUAAGAUGGCAUUCGCGGUUUUAAAUCCCGCCUUGGAAAGCAGAAAGUACGUCCUCAUAAAGCCCUUGUCUCCACCGGUAUGGACUGGUCUAGUAUCGACUUUUUUAGCAUGUACUUGUACACUGUACUUGAUAACUCAUUCGCUUCCUUGCAAAAGUGGUGUCCGUAGAUCCUACAAUGUCUGGUUCCUGUUUCGGACACUCGGACAACAAGGAACACCAAGUCCUGCUCCAGCAAGAUUAAGCAUUCGUAUCUUCAUCGGCAGUUGGUGGUUCUUUAUCAUGGUGAUCCUGUGGAGUUACGCGGGUACUUUGACUUCCUUCAUGACUUAUCCUGGCCGAAGGCAGACUGUCGACACGGUCUCCAAACUUCAGAGGUCUCUGAAUUCACGUACCUUUCGUUAUGGCACCAUCAAAGGGACUACCUACGAAAACUUUCUAAUGGUAAAUUUCUUUUUCACCUGUGUUAUUGAUAACAAGACGCCUUAA